AUGGCGACUGUCGUGAUGGGUCAAGGCGUCAUUGGGCGGGCGGCGUCGACUGCAGAACCUUUGUUUGAUGGUAGUGUUCUGUGCGUCCCAGUAUUUGAUCAAAGUCAUCAAGUCGAUAGUGUCGUUGUAUUCUACGGGUCACAAGGGACAAAGCAAGAUAACGGCGGAACUUUUAGACAGUGCGAUGUGGAACUAUGCAAUAUUGACUGCGGUCACGUUGGAAGCUCGUUACAGCGCCAAGCACUUGAAGAUGCGGCAAAAAAGGCGCAAGACAAAGCGCAAGCUUUGCUGGAGCUUUCCGAUCUACUGUUUUGUGAACUUGAGCUAUCUCCUAAAUCAACGGCGAUGAUUCUGACAGUGGCGCGGGCAAUUGUUAAGAAGUCGUGGUUUCAUGUUGCGGAGUGUAACGUGUAUUUGAGAGAUCCGCUAACUUGCGAGCUUUACUCACCAGGCAAUGCAACUCAAGGUGAUCUCCGUGUUCGUCUAUCUCAGGCUAGUAAAUGUGCUAUGGUUGCAGCACGUACUGGCAACGUGGUGAAUGUACGAGAUGCAACAGCGGAUUCAUUUUCGCACGAGCACCACUCGAAAACAGUUUUAGCCGUGCCCGUUAAGGAUCCGAUUACUGGAGCUGUGCUAGCAGUGCUGGAAUUACGAGACAAGCAUCUGAUCAGCUCACAAGAAGAUUCACAAGCUGCAUCAGCAGCUACCAGUUUCUGCAAACACUACUUUGAUCAUAACGACGAAGACCUCGCAAGAGGAAUGGCGCGUCAGGUCGCAUCUGCAUUGCGGAAUACCCAGCGUCUCGAUGCAGCACGAACAGCUCAGAGAAAAAGCGCUGCUUUGCUCUCUCUGCGCCUUCCUGCGUAUACUGGCAAUAUGCCCGGAGAACAGGCUGGAGCAGUGUUUUCUUUCGUUGAGGCAGCAGCAUGCCGAGCUUUGGAGGCUUCGCAUGGUGCUCUUUUUCUUGUUGAUGCACCAAGCCGUUCACUGUUUGCCCGUGUGGGUGCUGACUGGCGAGGUUAUGCGCUAUCAAUCGGUCAGAAGUUACAAGGUCGUGUUGCUUCCACUGGGACAGUCAUGCGUCUCCGUGAGGCUCGUACCCAUCCAGAGUUUGACAGUGAUUAUGAUCGCUUGAUGGGUAUGCAGACAUCAAGUUUAUUGUGCGUUCCAAUCAAGGCACAGCCGUCAAUGUCCUCAUUUGUCUCCUCAGGAGCUUCUGGCCGAUCUGAGCGCCGUUGCAGCAGCUUCAGUACGAGCAGCAGCACGGACGAUUACAGCGAUGAUCGGCCAGUUAUUGGCGUGUUUUAUGCUGUUAACAAGAUCAACACUAGCGGUGACACUGAGGGGUUUGAUGCGGAAGACGAGCAAGUUCUGCGAGCAAUUUGUGUUGAACUCUCUGCUCUCGUAGAGCGCCGUGCUUGGGAGCUUGCGUUUGAGUCUCCUUCGUACGAGGACAGUGAAAGCAGUGACAGUGAAACGGAGGGUCACGUGACGCGGACGUUCUUGUCGCAAUAUACCACAGCAUCACCUGUGCGGCGUCGACGACGACCUCGUUCACGUCUUCCAUCUGUCGUCAACGAUCUCGAUCAUGCUGCAGCAGUUGUCGCUUCCACAUCGUAUCACGAGCGCUGCUUCUUGAGUAGCAAAGGCGGAUUUUUACAAUGGAAUUUGGACCCGUGGCAGUUUUCACCGGCACAGCUUGUUGACCUUGCCGUGGAUAUGUUCGAGCUUCAUGAAUUGAUGGACAGGUUUGAUUUGCCUGAGGCCACUUUGCGUCGCUUCCUGCACAGCGUACAAGCCCAAUACCUCGAUGUACCGUAUCACAACACGUACCGUGCCUUCGCGACACUCCACAUGACGUUCUUGAUGCUCAGUGCACAAAGCAAAAAGCUUGCUCCGUAUCUGAUUCCUGCGUCAAUUGCACUGGGAGUUGGCCCGACAACGAAUGCUCAAGCCGUUGAAAGAAGCCGACAGAAGCGGUGUGGUCAACUGGUUCUCGCUCCGCGCGAGCGACUUGCACUUUUUGUGGCAGCUUUUUGCCACGACAUGGGCCACGAUGCCCGCACGAACGACUUUCACGUGAGAUGCAACUCGCGACUUGCUCGUCGUUACAAUGAUCAUUCAGUUUUGGAGAACAUGCACGCAGCUGCAUGCUUCGAGACCAUGCGAAGGCCCGGCCAUGAUAUUCUUGCUGGUCUUGAGGAUAGCUCGAGUGAUACUGUUGGCAGCCGUCGCGUUGUCCGCAAGCGUAUCAUCCGUUCCAUUCUUGCCACGGAUAUGCACCGGCACGCGAGUAUCGUGGCCAAGCUGCAUGAAGCACAAGUUCGUGGAAGCCGUAAUGACGGUGACGCGUUGUGUGAGCUGCUCGUGGACGCUGUGAUUCAUUCGGCAGAUGUAUCUGGUCCAACUCAAACUUGUGAGCAGCAUUUCCGCUGGACAAGGAGGCUGCUUGACGAGUUCAACGAGCAACAUGCUGAAGAGGUUGAAUUGGGCAUUUCUGCGACAGCUUUCAUGGAUGGUCGACCGGACUCGGCCGAAUUUGCAAGGGUAAAUUUGGCUUUCGUUGGCUCAUGUGCGUUCCCUCUGUGGCGAGCAAUGGGAGGAAUGUUAGCCGGAUUGGAAGGUUGUCUUGCAAAUGUGGAGCGAAAUCGUGCGAUGUGGGCUACUAGGUUGGAACAAGCAACACAGUUAGAAGCUAACGAACGUACCGACAAGGUUCCAGCCACACCUUUCACCCCCACGAAAGAGACGGUCCCUGAGAGGCUAAACAUUGCCAUUGUAAGUGUCAGCACGCCGGAAACAUGCGGCUAA